UCUCUCCUACAAAAAUGGAGUCAAACGUCAACAACACGAAGAAGGAGGACGUCUGCUUGGAAGUCAUCGUGACAAGCCUAAACACUUCUUUCAACAAAUCAGCCUCCAACAACGACAGUGCAAAUUCUAUACGCAUUGCCAGUGCGGAUACAUCACUAAAUGCAUCCCUCCCACCAAGUCCAUGGGAAUCGCGACGCAUUCGUGCCGAUUUAAUCGAAGCCAAGGCUAGAAUUGUUAAAUUUAAACAAGAAAUCGAACGUCAACACGAAAUCGUCAAGAAAGGGAGUCAAUGUAUGAUAGUAAAGUUCGUGAACUCACUAAACAAUGUGAUUUCUCAUCCAACAAACUGCUAGACAUGGAAAAGCACAUGACUGUGAUGCGUAAGAGAGAACCGUUCCAAAU